AUGGCCACCCUAACCGAGAGGAAAUCCAACAUACCAUGGGAGAGUCUUCCCAAAACGUUUCAAGAUGCAAUCAGUCUGGUCCGAAAGCUUGGCUAUCAGUACAUAUGGAUAGAUUCCCUUUGCAUUAUUCAGGACGAUCCCCAGGACUGGGAGUUGGAAGCCUCCAGGAUGGCCUCGAUAUACCAAAACUCGCAAUUAACGAUCGCGGCGUCCCGCGCAAUCGAUAGCUCCCAAGGCCUGUUUUCAAUACGAGAGAAUGAACCAUUUCCUUGGUACUUUCCAUGGCCGGAGGACACAGCACGAGGAACCGAGUCAAGCCCUGAGGUCUGGAAGGAUUUCAAUGUUCCCACCAAUCCUUGCGAUGGCAUCCCCGGCCUGCAUUUCAGAAUUAAACACCCCUGUACUUUGGAAGGUUGUAGCCGCAGCAUCGAUGAUCGAUUACCGUUAUGGACACGAUCCUGGUGCUUUCAAGAGCGAUUGUUGAGUCAUCGUGUUAUUCACUUUGGCGACACUGAGCUCAUCUGGGAAUGCAGAGAAGCCAAGUCCUGCGAGUGUUCAGGGGCGCGAUUUCAGGACAUCCAAGGACCACCAUUCGGAUAUGGCGACACGUCGGAAUACUCGGACCUUUAUCUGUCGAUUAUACAGCAUUCCGGAUUCCAGAGGCCAGGUCUUCAACCAUCCGCAGAUAUGAAGUCUCACUUCUACGACAGUUGGGACACACUUGUGGAGAACUAUACUGCUCUACGUCUUACGUUUGAUUCAGACAGAUUACCCGCUCUUUCUGGAAUUGCUUGUGGAUUUGAAGGGGAGUACUUGGCAGGGGUGUGGAGAGACAGUCUACCGGUGUCACUCCUUUGGACGCCUACCCCGGGCUUCUCUAUGGUACCUCCGCGGCGCCCAGAUGCGUAUCGUGCUCCAUCAUGGUCCUGGGCAUCAGUUGAAGCCCCUGUCACUUUUGUAAAACCCAGAACGCAUUUUCGAAAGACUGCCAUUGCCACAGUUUCUCAAGCCGACUGCACUCGCGCCACCAGCAACUUGUAUGGACGAGUCCUUAAAGGCUCAUUGACCCUGCGAACCCGCAUUUUCACCGCGCGCGUUGUCAAAAUUGUCCCGCCCCAAACAGCCGAGUUGGACUUUUCACAAAGCAUCCUUCCUGGAAUAUGGGGGAACCUACCUGUUACGUCUCAGAGUGAGCUGCCUGGAGUCAAACUUGACGUAUGGCUUCGCGCGAAGGAGGGAAGCCAUACCGCGGCAGAACGGUUUGAAUAUCUGAGCGAUCCAGUGAGGAGAGGCAAGGAAGUGGAAGAAGUCAAAGCAGGAGAUGUCCUUACCAUUGCGCAGAUUACGCAUACUCAUAUGCUGGCGCUCAAAGAAGUCGAUUCAAGUCGGCGUAUCUUUCGCCGGGUCGGGCUCUGGAUACCCUAUGAUCCGCAAGAUGAUGUGGACGUAGAUUGGGUCGAGACUGACGAUGACUCCGUCCAUGACGACACUGCCGCUAGGAAUAGAGCAAGCGACUCCUCAUCCUUGGACGAUGGGGAUAAUAGUUCUGAGAGUUCGGAAACGGGGAAUCGGCAGAAUCUGCGAAGUCUGAGCUUGGGUCGUAGGGUUCGAGCUCUUGCCAGGGAGCUGCGCGGAUCGGCUAAUAACAGACUCGUGGAAGACACUUCAGUCGCGGUGCAGCACAACCUGGGCCUGGGAGGUGCUGUUGUGGUCAACGUCUACAAGCGUGCCGACGGGUGUAAGACCAACUCCAAGGUCAACGACGAGGACAUUGCGAAGACGAGCUGUCUGGGGAGCAGGAAGAACCGCAACGACUUUGCUCUGGGUGAUGGACUUCGCCCACGGUCUGGUUUGUAG